AUGGCCUACGAUGGCGCCCCUGGUAAUUUGGGAUGCUACGAGGAUUGUCAUGGUUUUUGGGGUUGUAAUAAUCGUGCCCUGCCGAUCGGACCAGUAGAUAGCGACCAUCAAUCUGUGGAGUGGUGCUUUAAGCACUGUCUAGAUGAGCUUACACCAAGCAACAAGUACGCGGGGCUUGAAUACGAACACCAAUGUUUCUGUGGAAAUAACGAAAACUACGGCAGAUUUGGAAAAAAGGCGGACUCUGAGUGUCAAGCCACGUGCACGGGAAACAGCGACCAGAUCUGUGGAGGCGACAGUCGGAUCUCUAUAUACAGAAUAUCGCAAGGAGUAUGCAGUAACCACAUAGGACCACCCACCAACGGAGACCACGCCAUCACCAACCCGCGUUCACUGUCUUACAAUCUCAACAACUUCAAGUUCUUCGGGACUCGUGUAGAUUUCUCCUGUGACCCUGGAUAUACCCUCCAUGGAGCAUCAAGCAUUGAAUGCACUGAGACUGGCAACAACAACGUCGCAUGGAGUCAACUGGUACCUACAUGUGAAGUGCCUACAACCACAGCAAAUACACGGCUGUCCAAUUACACGACGCCCAAAAGUACAACCCCAUCGCAAACCAGAACUACAACCUCCACUAGGAGUAGCAACACCUUCCAGUCAUUGACAGGAUACACUACUGAUGUCGGAACUGGAAACAACCAGACGACAGGAGACUUACAAACACGCACAACUGAGAGGACCUCCACAAACAUCAUACCUCCAACCUGGGAAAGCACAUGGGCUCCUGAUCAUGGGAGGAACAGUCCUAUCGCUGGAAAGUUAGGAACAGGUGAAGUUGCUGGAAUUGCUGUUGGGGCCCUGGUAGCAUUGACUGUGCUAAUAGUGGCAGUGGUUUUUCUAUGGCGAAAAAGGAGCAGGAAGCCUAAAGAACAGAAGGAACCAGAUAUUGCCUUGGAUACGGUUGGUGCCCAUUACUUAAACCACACGUUCGCCAACCACCUCUCGGAUACCAGCGACACUGCACAAAACCAAGGCGAUCGCGACAGUGCUCCGCCUGUGUACAGCCAAGUCGUCAAGAGAAGACCCGCGGCCGCCGAUGAAAGCGCCACACUUUCGGUUCCCCCUCAAAAUGACCAAGACGGCGACAGCGGGUGGGUUGACAAUGAAGUGUACGGAUGCCAAUCGUUUCCGAUAGAGAUCGAGGCGAGAAACAAAGAUAGAGACGGACGACCAAACGACCAACCACCGAUGACCAUGGAAGGAAAGCCGGGAUGGGUGGAAAAUAUCAUCUAUGAAUAGUAUGAUCCUAAAGAAUAACAUCAAUCAAAGGCACUAGAAUCAUUUGCAUUUAUCCCAAAAGUAGCAUACCAAAUUAUUAUCAAAAAGCUUACUUGGAUGAAAGACCGUUCUGUAAAUUUGCCUCAUAUUGGUACAAAUUAUUGACAGGCUGUGGUAGUUUUGUUAACCGAGGGUUUGGUGCCUUGACUGACAUUGAUAAUAAGGUGGGUUCAGCGCUGGUGAGAACAUGUAAAUUAUGGAUUUAGUUAAAGGGAAUAUACAUCAUUUGCUUUUGCUGUAUUUUUCAGAAAUGGAUGGA